AACACAGCACAUCCUGCAGCUGCCGGAGAAGACGGGCCAGGAAGUCUAAACAAUGCAACCGCUCACUAAUGUUUAUACUCUGAAGCAAACAUGUGUCGCAUCAUUAAAAAAAACACACCAUCAAAGCCACCUCCUCUCUUGUGUUUCAGGAGCGCCUAAAGGCCAGCGAGCACCGGCCGGAGAUGGAAGACAAAGCAGACAAGCGGAGCGCCGACCCCAAACCUCGGCGCUCCUCGCUAUCCUCCCCGUCCCCCUCGCCCAUCCUGCACCCCCGCAAACCUCCCCUUCUCUCUCGCUCACCGACCCCGUCCACCUCCUCCCUCGCCCCUCUGCCCCUGCUCCCCUCGCCGGUGACCGCCCUCAAGUCGGAGGAAGGCGGUCAGAGGGUGCUGUCUCACCCACCGAUGCCCCUGCCUCACCCGCCUUCCCCCCUCUCGGCCUCCCCGCCGCCGUCCUCGCCGCGGCGGCCUAAGCUGGAGGUGGGGCGGAGGGAGCAGAGGGAGGGACAGAAGCCGGCAUCUGCACCCUUUCGAGGCGUCUACUCUGAUCUCCCUCCUGGUUACCCGUACCGGUCCAUCACUGCCCCAUACGGCUCUCCUUUCCCCCCUUAUCACGUCCCGGCUCUCACAGCGACAAACACAGAAGUCGUCCCACCCCACCGGUCCCGCUCUCCUGCCUCUGCCGCCCCUUUGCCCUCGGCCCACCUCCAAUCAAGGCUGCUGGACGCAGACAUCAAGCCGCAGAAACUAGAGUCGUCAAAAACGGGAUCUUUUCUCAAGCAGGAACCCGACAUGGAGCCGCCUCCGCUUGACAUGACUCAAGAACCUCUGGGUCCUCUUCGCCGGGGCUGCAGCCUCGUGCUAGCCAGCCGGGGCCGAGAGGGAGACGGGGAAGCCAUGAAGCCCCAGACUCGACCGCUACCUCUGCUCGUCCCCAGCCCUCCGCGGCUUCAAGGUGACAGACCAGAAGAAGUCGGGGCGGAAGAGAAGGAAGGAGGGCAAAUCAAAAUGGAGGCGUCAUCUCACUUCUGUCAGGCAGCAUAUCCCCUGCCUCCUCCACUCACAGAGGCCGGGCCUAAACCGGAGCUCAUCAUAGAUCCAGAACAGUAUCCGUCGUGCGCCGCUGCAAAUUCAGACGGCCGGGAGUCGUCUCGGAUGUGUCCGUCGCUGGAAGAAAUCACCAGCGCAGCGUGUGAGCAAAAACAGCCAGACACUCCAAUCAACCCGCACACUCCCAGUCUGAGAGAAGGUGUCAGAGAAACUCCUGUUUAUCCUCUUCUGACCUCCAACUCGCCGCUCCCGCUGGUCAUCGGACCCGAGGAUCCGAUGGCGGGGAUGUUUGCUCUGCUGGCAGCCAGUGAAAUGGCCCUGGCCCGCCCCAACACCCCCCCGGCCCUGACACUCAUACAGCAGAUAGAAAACUCCCCCAUGGGUGCAGACUGCAGCAGCACGGGGGCUCUGGAGAUGGUGGCGCUGGAGGGGAUGGCCCUGCUCAGCCAAAUGGCUCAGCGAGAGAUGGAGCACAUUCGCCUGGAGCAAGAUAUGACACUAGAGGGUCUGGACUGUCUUCUGAAAGCAAGCAGACAGAUUUUGUUGGAGGCCAUCGAGAAACAGUCCCACAUUGAUCUGCCCAGAACGCUGGACCCCAACAAGAAGUACAGCUGGAGGCAGAGGAAGGAAGAGCCGCUGUACGGUAAAAUGUCCGUGGACGUGUUGGACGCAGUGGAAGUGGAAUACCGCGUCCGCUUGGCCGAGCUGCAGAAGACGUAUAAGGAGCGGCAGAGAGAUCUGAGCAAGCUGCAGAGACGCAGAGACAAGCGUGAGCGGCAGCAGCAGGAGGAUGAGAGGCGGAGCCUGACCAGACGGGGCAGAGGACGACCCAGGAAGAGGAAACACUUGGCUACAACUCCCAAACUGGACGGCAGGCCUGGAAAGGUGGGUAGGACUGUGCAAUACUCUGAGGACUCUGAAGCCGGGGAUGGACAGAGGAAGAGGUUCCGUGUGUCCAGAGAAGAAGAGGAGACGGAGGCAGGAAGUGGAGGGGUGAAGAUGAAAAAGAAGAAGAAGAAGAAGAAGAGCUGGAAUGAUGAGGAGCCGUCCACCAGUCACGGUCUGGAGGUGUUGAAGGUGAAGCGUGGCCACGUGUGCGAGCAGGAGCAGCUGGCGUCAGACCUCAACAGAGCGCUCUCGCUCUCGCAGCUCGGCUCACUCGGCGCCUCUCGCAAACUUACCUCCAGCUCCAAAUCAGACAAGCCGAAGGGCAAGUCUGCGGCAAAGGAGCACGGCAUCCACCCGUCCGCCAAAGCAGGGAAGCACAAGAUGUCCGCCAAGGCCUCCGCUCCGGAGACCGUCCGGAAGGUGAAAGGUCAGAAGAACACUGCUUUGUUCUCUCCAAUGAGAUCGGAGCUCAGCAGCUGCUCCAACAACUCGGAUUCAGAGGAGCACAGUUCCGCUCGAAGGGGCUGGCCCCCUCUCUCAGGGACGCGUUCUCACAGCAGCCCGGCCAGGAAGAGGCGAUCGCCGACGCCGACGUCGUCGUCCCUGCUGUCCAGCCAGAAGAAGAAGAAACACAAGCACUUAUCGCUGCUGCUGGAGGAAGCGGGCCUCAGCUCCUCCGACGACUCCUUCGACCAAGAAACGUCCGAGGACAACGAGGACGAGUCUGAUUCGGACGAUGAGGAGAGCGGGCUCGGUCUGCUGGCCAGGUUUGCGGCGAGCGCGCUCCCCGUCAGCUCCACUCCAUUGAGCAUUUUCCACGACGGCAAACAGCGCAGCAGGCAAAGCACUCUGGGGUCUUCAGAGUGCGAGUGGUCAGACUCUGGAUCCGACCUGCGACUGAGGAAGUUCCCGUCUCUGCUUCACGGCAAACGCUCUGCCCCAGAGCUUCCCCUGUUGCCCCCGGCAACCCGCCGCAUCGACCAGACCAGCCCCUCCAAGCGAGAUGAGGCGCUGCCCGCCAAGCGCAAGCCUCUGCCCAAACCACGGCCCACGCCGCCCCGGCAAUUUAGCUUCGACCUCCCCUUGGUCUCCGGGUUCGGAGGCUUCAGCGAGGACGAGGGCUGGACCCGACGCCGCAGCGAGAGGAUCUUCCUCCACGAUGCCACCACCUCAGCCGGUCAGAUGCCUGCGUCAGCCGCCGCCUCCACCGGUCAGAGCACCACCUCCUCCGGCUCGGCCCCGCCUCUCACCCCGAAGCCAGCCUCCAGACCCAAACCCUCCCCGCCCAGCAGAGAGGGGAAAGAUGUGGUGAAAAAAAAGAAGCCGAAGGACUCUCCUCUGCCCGUGAGCCCGUCCACUCUGUGCAGUCCAAUCACAGACGUCCCUGCGCCGCUGAGCCUCAGCCCGGCACGCAAGAGCCAACCGAAAGCUAAGACAAAGGCCAGAGAGCCUUCCAGAGGAGCGGUCAGCCGGCUGAUGGAGAGCAUGGCGGCAGACGAAGACUUCGAGCCCAACCAGGACAGCAGCUUCAGCGAGGAUGAACUGGUCCCACCGCGCAGCAACAGCGUGCCGGAGAGGUCCUCCACGCCUGCUCCAGUGCAGUGUGUGUUGGAUAAGGAUUCUCUGGUGGACGGACUCAGAGUUUUGAUCCCGAUGGACGACCAACUACUGUACGCAGGACAUGUCAACACUGUACACUCCCCUGAUAUCUACAGUGUGGUGGUGGAGGGGGAGAGAGGGAACCGACCGCACAUCUACUGCUUGGAACAACUGCUGCAGGAGGCUAUCAUCAAUGUGAAGCCCCCGGCCGUGCGCUACCUCCCAGAGGGCACCCGCAUCGCUGCCUACUGGAGCCAGCAGUACCGCUGCCUUUAUCCCGGCACCGUUGUCAACGGAAGUUCAGAUAUUGACGAGAAUGAUGAUCUCAUCACGGUGGAGUUUGACGACGGAGACACAGGCCGCAUCCCCCUCUCCCACAUUAGACUGCUGCCGCCAGACUACAAGAUCCACUGUGAGUACACACACACACCCACACACACACAAACACACAAUUGCAUCUUACCCUCACUGCUUGGUUAGCAAAUAAUAUCUUUGUGUGUGUGAGACUGUGUGUGUGUGUGUGUGUGUGUGAGCAGGCCUCGGAUCAGGCCUGUCUGCAUAUGCAUGAACGCUAUUUGUGUGUGUGUUGAUGGUUUUAGCAGAAGUGUUUUCCCCGUAGAGGGCUGCUAACUUACAGCUAUUCCGGUACAUCGCUACUCUUUGAACCGCUGUGUGUGGAUGUAUAUAUAUAUAUACAGUUGUGUGAAAAAGUGUUUGCCCCCUUCCUGAUUUCUU